GGGAAAGGCGCCGUGAGGGGAACGGCUCCGUGAGUGGAAAGGUGCCGUGAGAGGAACGGCUCCGUGAGGGGAAAGGCGCCGUGAGGGGAAAGGCACCGUGAGGGGACGGUGCCCCGAGGGAACGGCUCCCUGCGUGGGAAUGGCGCUUCCAAGGAUUCCCUGGAAUUUCCCCGCUCUCUGCUGGCUCCUGGCCGUGCCCAUUCCCGGUUCCCUGGGCUUGCAAUGCCAGGAGCACCAAUACAGCUUCCGUGACAAAUGCUGCAGCGACUGCGCCCCCGGGGAGAGGAUGCGGAGCCGCUGCACGGCCUCGGCCGACACCGUGUGCUCGCCGUGCCAGGAUGGAUAUUUCAGCUCCCGGCACCACCACGGCUUCUGCCACAGCUGCACCAUCUGCAACACCCGGAAGGGCAGCGUGGAGGUGAAGCCGUGCGAGAAAACCUCGGACAGGGUCUGCGCCUGCCAGGCGGGAUUCCAGCCAGCCGGGGGGGCUCCUGGGGCAAGGGAGUGCUCCCGAUGUCCUGAAGGGACUUUCUCCAGAGGAGGGAACAAGAACUGCCAGCCUUGGACCAACUGCAGCAGCUUUGGGAAGAGCACGCUGCGGGCUGGCACGGCCACAGAGGAUGCCCAGUGCAGCAGCAGCCCUGGCACCGCCAGCAGCCCUGGCCCCCUUCCCCCUCCCACGGAAUUCCCGGGAAACAGGGGCCCCUUUCCCACGGAAUUCCCAGAAAACAGGGACCCCUUUCCCACGGAAUUCCCAGAAAACAGCUCCAGAGCGUCCAGCCCCAGGGACAUCCCCGCGGUUUGUCGGGAUGCCGGCGUUCCCACGGAGCCUGCAUGGGGCUCUUUAUCCCUGCUGCUCCUGUGCCUGAUCCUGCUGAUGGUGAGUGGAAUUUCCAUCCUGCUCCUGAUCAUCCAAGCAGCCCAGAAAAAAUCCAGGAAUGGGCCUGGGAGGAGCAGCCAGCACAAGGCGAGCAGCUGCCGGAUCCCCAUCCAGGAGGAGCAGAUCGAUUCCAAUUCCAGCCUCAUCAAGAACUGAGCCCGCGGGAGCUGCAGGAGCACCGGACUAAUUAAUGCGGGCUGCCGUGGCUUCAUUAGCAGUUCAUUAGCGGCUCUUCGAGGAACUCGAGAGCUCCCUUCGGAAUUUGGGAGAAUUCCUGAGGGAAUUUUCUGUGGAUUUUUUUUUUUUCCCCCUUUUGAGCAAACCCUUCAGCUCUAAACCCAGGAUUAAGUGGCAGAUCUGAGCUCCAAAACCAGGAUUAAGUGACCAAACUGAGCUCUAAAACCAGGAUUAAGUGGCAGAUCUGAGCUCUAAAACCAGGAUUAAGUGACAGAUCUGAGCUCUAAAACCAGGAUUAAGUGGCAGAUCUGAGCUCUAAAACCAGGAUUAAGUGACAGAUCUGAGCUCUAAAACCAGGAUUAAGUCAAACUCAAUCCACUUUUCAUGAAAUGAAUUUUCCUUCUCUAAUUGCUUUCCCACAAAUUUGGAAAGGAAAUUUUUUGGGAGCAAAUCCCAAACUCUGGAAUGUGGGGGAGGAGCCCGAAGUCUCCUUUUGCUGAAUUUGAAAUAAUUCCGUGGAAAUUGCAGAAAAAAUUGAAUUUUUUAUCGUUCUGGAGUGAUUUUCCCUCCAACUAUCAACAGAAAAUGCCUCAAAAAUGGGAAUUUUAAACCCAUAAAUAUCCCAAAGUAUCCCAAAGAAUCCGGCAGGGAGUGGAUGAGGGGAUCCGAGAGGCCUUGGAGGGCCUGGUGGGGAGGAUUUGGGAUUUUUUAUAUGUUAUACAUAUGCAGGGCUUUAUACCGUGUAUAGGAACGUUUGUAUCGUGUACA